AUGGGGAAGACUCCAAGUCCUGGUAAAUGGAUCAAGUCUCUUCUUGGGAAGAAGUCAUCAUCAAGGUCGAGUUUGGAGAAAGGAAGCGAGAAAGUGAGAUCUGCAAAGAAAGAAGAGCUUGUGGUGAAGGUGAAGGAUAAUAAUAAUGUCACAAACUUACCUACCGAUCCUCCUCCGGUAGUAGUUUCAUCGCAAGAAGUUGCAGCUACUCAAACUGUAAUAGUCCCAGACGCUGUAAUCGAGAAGCAGCCUAGCGCAGACAUUGAAGGCGGCGAUGAUUCGAGUGUGAAUCAGUCAGGGAAUGACUCUGAAGAAGUCAAGCUUGAAGAUGCUGCUACAAAGGUUCAAGCUGCUUUCAGAGCUCGUCAGGCUCGAGAAGAGUUUCAAAUGCUUAAAGGUGUCAUAAAGGUGCAAGCAGUCAUCCGCGGCCACUUGGUUAGAAGACAAGCUGUUGCUACAUACUCUUGCAUUUGGGGAAUUGUGAAGCUUCAAGCUCUUGUUCGCGGGAAGAAAGCUAGAUCUUUAGACACCGGAGUUCAGCUUCCGAAAACGGAAACCGAGAAUUCUGAAACUUUGCAAGGAAGCACAUACAGUUGGAUGGAGAAUCCCACAAAGCUCUCCAUGAUUGAUAAGCUUCUGGUUUCGUCACCAACGUCAUUGCCUCUGAAGAUCCAGUAUACUCCUGAGGAUCCUAACUCGGCCAAAGUGUGGCUUGAACGCUGGACGCAGUUGCAAGUUUGGACUCCUGGUCCAGUAGUGGUUAAGAGUCUGGUUCCAAAAUCUCAGACAAAGAAGCGAAGCUUUCAAGCAGUUGAAACGGAAAAGGGAAAACUCAAGAGAGGUAUCAAGAAACCAUCUGGUGGCAGUAGCCGUUCUACAGCUGAAAUCGAAAAGCCUAAGCGAAGUGUGAGGAAGGCUUCCACGCUUGGUAAAGAACUUUCUAGAAACGAGAAUGACAAGUCUAAGCAGAGUUCGAGAAAGAGUACUAGCGCCGUAAAGGAAGGGUAUUCAUUGGAGGUUAAAGAUGAGAAGUCUAGAGCUAGUCUCAAAAAGGCUUCACUCUCUAAUGGACUAGAGAAAGCUACUCGCAAAUCCGCUGAGAAGAAGAAAGAUGGUUCUGAUUCAGUCCAGAAAGAAUCUCCUGCUGCCAAGGUUGAUGCUUCUGAAGAAGAAGAAAAGAUGAAAGAUGCUCCUGAAAAUGUUUCGAAAGAGGCUGAUCUUGAGAAAGAUGAGACAUCACAUGUUCUGGAUAACGUGGAGCAAGAGGAACUCAAAACUGCAGAGAGCAUUGAUAAAGCUGAAGAAGAGAUACAAGAGCCAGACGUGCAGAUUACUAGCUCUGAGAAUGGAAAUGCUGCUUCUGAGAACACAAAGCCGAGCGAUAGACGAGCUUCGCUGCCUGCAAAGAUUGAGAAUCACCAUCAAGACGAUGGGCUUACACAGAGCGGGAGGAAAAUCCCAAGCUAUAUGGCUCCAACUGCGUCUGCAAAGGCAAGAGUAAGAGGACAAGGGUCUGCUCCAAGAAUUGCGCAAGAGAAGCCAGAGAAGAACGGGACAACAACACGGCGCCACUCUCUUCCUCCUGCAGCCAAUGGUAAGCUCAGCACAAUGUCUCCAAGAGCUCACAGACUUCUCAUAGCUUCUGCUAAAGGAUCAAUGAACAGUGACAGAUCUUUUUCGUCUUCCAAGGACAUUGGUGAAAAAUCGGCGAAAGCAGAGUGGAAACGAUGA